AAGGUACAACUAUGACAAAGCCUUGAAAGAAAGAGUAUAAAAAGCCUGAUGGUAUGGCUGGACUAAGUUUGUUCCUCGUAACCCUGAUCAUUGACUUUGGCUUGCAAUUUGUGUUUGGUGUGCUGUCCAUCGUGUUAAAGUCAGAAAAGUUCUACGAUUUGAUUGGCGGAUUAACUCACAUCCUCUGUUCUAUAGUUGGUGUGUUCUAUGACUGGAAUGUAGCUGUGAAAAUAUCUUUUGAGGCAAAGCUUAUACAAGCACUGUGUAUUUGUUGUUGGGCUGGCAAGUUGGGUAGUUUCUUACUCUACAGGGUGAUAAAAGCAGGGGGUGAUAAAAGAUUUGAUAGUGUAAGGAAAUCCCCAAUUAAGCUCCUGAUAGCAUGGUUUCUCCAAGGACUGUGGGUCUACAUGAACAUCCUUCCUUCACUUUUCAUGUGGGCAACAACCAAGAAAGACAUGACUUUCGUAAGCGUUAUCGGUUGGGUUGUUUUCCUCUUUGGUCUCCUGUUCGAAACUGUUGCUGACUACCAGAAAACAGUAUUCCGCAACAACCCAGCCAACAAAGGCAGGUUCAUAACGUCAGGUCUGUGGGGAAUAUCCCGGCACCCCAACUACUUUGGUGAGAUAGUGCUAUGGUACGGGUUAUCCAUAUCUGCUGCACCCUACUUCAGCUCACAAUGGGCCUACUUCACCCUCCUCUGCCCCACUGCAACUGCUCUACAGAUCUGUUUCAUGACAGGUAUUCCUCUGCUAGAGAAGAGUGGGAUGGAGCACUGGGGUAACGAGCCACAGUAUGCGCACUACGUGCACAACACGGGAGUGUUAGUGCCCUGGCUGGUGUGUUGUGAGUGCACGCCGCUGCCUAAUAAGGAGCUGCUGGUGGAUGAGGAGGAGAUACCUCAGCCUAGUAGUGGGGUAAAGGAGGUGGAUAUGGUGGAUGUUGAUCUGGGCGAGGAGAAUGGUGAGGUUUAGUUUGGUAGUUUGUCACGUGUUGCUGUACUUAGUAUUACCUGAGUAGGAUGUCUUGAAUAUUAACAUUUGAAACAGUUGCUUUAUCGGAAUUGCAACUGGCGACUUUAAUGGCUGGAUGUGCUAGUUAGACUAUAUCAUCGACGCAUUGAGACUCUCUGAAUUAUACCCAUAAAUCUAUUGAGCUACUGCUAAUCAUUCUAUUACGCCAUACCAGUUGAAUAUCAUCUUAUUGAUAACUAAUAAAGUGAGAACACGUCAUCCUUGUAAACGAUUGUCAUUCAGAAACUGCAUAAUAUUAUAUUUUACAUAAUAUUAUAUUUUACAUAAUAUUUUGUGUAUAAAACAGGUCAGCUCGGUGAAUGUAGUUUAAUUGUCUAAUAUGUGUGUAUAGUAGGUUUAGUAUCUUUGUAGAAUGUAGAAUUUAGAAUGUAGAAUCAGGGUUUCGUUUACUUUACCUAUAGUGUUGAUUUUGUGAGUUUUCUGAAUAUUUUAAUAGUUUAUUAUAGUUGGUUUUAGAAGUCUUUUCUUUUUUUUGAGUAUCUAUUGUAUAUUUAUAAAUUAAUAAAGUAUUUUCUUUAAUUUAUAUUUCACUAGUCAAAUGUUAUUAAUAUGUAUAUCGUUUUUAUUAUCGCAGAGGAAUUUAUUAUGGGUUUCUUUUCUUUAAUUUUUGCACGAAAAUUGUAUUUCUAAUUUGAAUAUAAACUGUAGAGUGUUGUAUACAGACUUAUUUGUUU